UAUAGAGCAAGGGUGGGGGGUUGCAGUUGAGGCGCAGGCCACAUAAAACCAAAGGAAGAAGAGAACGUCUGUCAUCUGCUUAAUUCCUCUGUGCCGAGGUAGCUGCCAAUUCCAAAGACUCUGAGUAAGAGGAGAACGUGGUUAGCUAGGAAAUGUGCGGCGGAGCUGUUAUCGCCGACUUCGUCCCGGCCGGGGCCCGCCGCCCGGAUGGCUCCUCCGCCGACGUCCCCGGCUCCAUCCUCGCCGGUGGGGAGGUGAAGGAGAAACCGCUGGCGCCGGGGCGGAAGACGGCGUACCGUGGGAUCAGGCGCCGGCCAUGGGGCCGCUGGGCUGCGGAGAUCCGGGACCCCACGAAGGGCGCGCGCGUCUGGCUGGGCACCUACGCCACCGCGGAGGAGGCCGCGCGCGCCUACGACGUCGCGGCGCGCGAUAUCCGCGGGCCGAAGGCCAAGCUCAACUUCCCGCCCGCGGUGGGCGCGCCACAGGCGGCCGCGGCCGUGGAGGGGCCGGGGGCGCCCAAGAAGCGUCGGUGGGUCGCUGCCGAGGAGAGUUCGGCAUCUUCGUCUCCCCUUCCGGUCACAGCUGCCGGCGGCACGGAGAGCCUGCGGGAGCGCAUGUCCGGGCUGGAGGCGUUCCUGGGGCUGGAGGACGACGACGUGGAGGCCUGGGGGGCCGUCGAUCUCAUCUUGGAUUAGGCGUGUGCCGUCGCCACGUGCGGCGUCCAUGGGGUACAUUUACCGAUAAAUAAAUAAGCAGAUUGGUCGAAGUCUUUUGAUUAGCUAAAGUAUCGAUUGGCUUUCCUGGGCUUUUGCCAGCAUAUCCAGGUCCUUUGUAGUGGGAUGCUAUGUAAUUCGAGCAUGACGAUCAGAAAAAAUGUGGUUCCGAGAACUUGCACCAACUUUCCUGCUAUAAAAAUAAAACUUUUCACGCUCUAAUUCGUAGGGCACGUACGAAAAA